UACGCGUUGGUGAUAUUCAAAGAUGCGGAAUCGGUGUUAUUUACAGUGGAGUGUAUGGACGGGGUGAAGAUGUUCGGGAAAACACUGCAGAUAAAACCAAAAAAUGGUAGUGAGCAGGAACGUCGAUGGAAACGUAUGCUUGCCGAUAACCAGGAGCGGCUGAUUCGCCAAAACUCGUUUGGCGGAAUGGCCCUCUCACCUUCGACGAACUAUCAGACACCGCCUCCGUCCGGGUCGUCAUACGGCGGCCGCUCUAUUUCGUCGUCUUCGUCGUCUGUUGCCUCUCCGACUGCGUUAUCUCUAGCGUCGUCUCUGGCAUCUCUGUCGGGCGAUCCACACAUGCUGAUGCAACUUCAAGGCCAAGGGCAGUUCCUGCCUCCGGGCCUGGCUCAUCACGGCUCUGAUCCUCUCCCGCAUUGGCGAUUCGGUACCGCCAGGGGAUCAGCGCAUACCCCGACUUACGCGGGCGGUGAGUCGCCGGCAGAACACAGGGAUCGCGAUCGGAGUCGUGAAGACAGAGGAUCGACAGGCGGAUAUGGCGGUGGGUGGGGCUUGGCGAGUACGCCGCGCGCACCGCCUACGCACACGCAUCGCGGACAAGCAGCGCACAGAGACGCGAGUGGUUAUCGAGGCCAGAGGGAACAUUAUGGUGGUUGUGGGUUACAAUGA